GCAGUGUCUGUGCUGCAUUCCCCAAAGCAGCCGCCGCGGUGGCCCGCGCUGUGUGAAGUUCCCUGCACGCACUCAGCCGCGACGCUCCUCGCCCUCAAUUGUUCAUGAACCUUGGCGCUCGUCAACGCACGGGAGACAACCCAUUUUGCUUUCUUAGAGACAGGGAUGAGAAAUGAGCUGCCGAAGGAAUUUGGCAAUGAGGAGAGUGAAAGGCAGUUUCACGCCAGCAGCUAAGUUGUAAAAUUGCUUUGGAGGCUGCUGCCUGGGGAGCACGAUAGAAUUGACAAGAACAGACACCGUUGUAGACCAAAGGCAUGCCUGAUUGCACUUGAGUCGGAUCGCUGGGAUGCAGCCUCCUCUCCCGCUAUAACUAUUUGUGCCUGAAUAAAGGAAAGGAGCCUGGAAACAGGAUUCCAAGUGGUAUACCUGAAAGGAAAACACACACACUCCAAAAGGAGGGAAGAAACAGCCCAGCUGGUGUGUACCUUUUUUUUUUUAAAGGAGAAUCCCUCAGGCUCCUGAGAAAUUAUCCAAGUGAUAUUCACCAUUGCUCAUGAGUCCACAUAUAUUCUUACCAUGGGCCACUUCUCUUUCCACACAAAGUGGAUGAUCAGGCCCUGACCUUGGAAUAGCCAACCUGCCUAAGUUGGGAAUUAAACCUCCUUUGGAGCUCUGCCAUUCUUAUGAUUUAUUCCUGGGCCUGGUGCUCAGCUUUUUCUGCAUCUGCUGCAAGAGACACUCUAUGAAGUUAUGUGGAAAUGAGAGAGAUUCAUGAAACCCCUUCACCAGGAGAGAAUGUCUUUCAUAAAUGGAGCUUUGCUUCUGGUUUUCACAGGACAUUGACACGGCAGUGGAGCCAUGGCUGCCCUGCCUGCUAUUUUCAAUAAUUCACGGAACAUCUGAACAGAGAUGCUUGCCUUGGAUUUACAGAUUUUCAUCCCGAUACCUUGUUUACUUCUUUGGGGCAGAAAAGCUUGCACUAAUUGCUCUCCAUGGUGGCUAAUCUUUUCAAGAGCCUGAUUUUACCUUACAUACAUAAGCUUUGCAAAGGAAUGUUUACAAAGAAAUUGGGAAAUACAACCAAAAAAAAAGAGAGUCAGCAGCAGAAAAAGGAUCAAGACUUUCCUACUGCUGGCCAGACCAAAACCCCCAAAUUUUCUAAUACCUUAAAAAACACUGUAAAGAAGAUUGCAAAGUGUUCAUCUACUCGCAACUUAUCCACUGAAGAAGAAGAGGCUAAUAAAGAGUUUUCCCUCUCACCAACAUUCAGUUACCGAGUAGCUAUUGCCAAUGGCCUACAAAAGAAUAUUAAUGUAACCAACAGUGAUAAUGAGGAUCGGCUUCAAGAGUUAUCUUCAAUUGAGAGUUCCUAUUCAGAAUCACUCAAUGAACUAAGGAGUAGUACAGAAAACCAGGCACAAUCAACACACACAAUGCCAGUUAGACGCAAUAGAAAGAGUUCAAGCAGCCUGGCUCCCUCUGAGGGCAGCUCUGAUGGAGAACGCACUCUACAUAGCUUGAAACUAGGAGCGUUACGCAAACUGAGAAAAUGGAAAAAGAGUCAGGAGUGUGUCUCAUCAGAUUCAGAGUUGAGCACAAUGAAGAAAACCUGGGGAAUAAGAAGUAAAUCUUUGGACAGAACUGCACGAAACCCAAAGACAAAUGCCCUGGAGCCAGGAUUCAGUUCCUCUGGGUGCAUUAGCCAAACACAUGAUGUCAUGGAAAUGAUCUUUAAGGAACUUCAGGGUAUAAGUCAGAUUGAAACAGAACUUUCUGAACUACGAGGGCAUGUCAAUGCUCUUAAGCAUUCCAUUGAUGAAAUCUCCAGCAGUGUGGAGGUUGUACAAAGUGAAAUUGAACAGCUACGUACAGGGUUUGUCCAGUCUCGAAGGGAAACCAGAGACAUCCAUGAUUAUAUUAAACACUUAGGUCAUGUGGGUAGCAAGGCAAGCCUGAGAUUUCUAAAUGUCCCUGAAGAAAGAUUUGAAUACAUUGAAAGUGUGGUAUACCAAAUUCUAAUAGAUAAAAUGGGUUUCUCAGAUGCACCAAAUGCUAUUAAAAUUGAAUUUGCUCAAAGGAUAGGCCACCAGAGGGACUGCCCAAAUGCAAAGCCUCGACCCAUACUUGUGUACUUUGAAACCCCCCAGCAAAGGGAUUCUGUCUUAAAAAAAUCCUACAAACUCAAAGGAACAGGAAUUGGAAUCUCAACAGAUAUUCUUACUCAUGACAUAAGAGAAAGAAAAGAGAGAGGGAUACCGUCCUCCCAGACAUAUGAGAGCAUGGAUAUAAAGCUGUCUACUCCAGAGCCCAGAAGCAAGAAGAACAAUUGGCAGUCACCUGAUGACAGUGAUGGAGAGCUGGAAUCUGACCUCAAUAGAAACAGUUAUGCUGUGCUUUCCAAGUCAGAGUUUCCAACAAAAGGAAGUACUUCCAAGUCAAGUUCAAAAUCACACAAUGCUAGAGCCAAGAAUAAAACUGCUAGUAGCAGCAGAAUUUCAAAUAAAUCUGAUUAUGAUAAAAUUUCCUCACAAUUGCCAGAAUCAGAUAAUUUGGAAAAACAAACUACAACCCAUUAUGCAGAUGCUACACCCCUCUGGCAUUCACAGAGUGACUUUUUCACUGCUAAACUUAGUCGUUCUGAAUCAGAUUUUUCCAAAUUAUGUCAGUCUUACUCAGAGGAUUUUUCAGAAAAUCAGUUUUUCACUAGAACUAAUGGAAGCUCCCUCCUGUCAUCUUCAGACCGGGAACUUUGGCAGAGGAAACAGGAGGACACACCCACCUUGUAUGACUGUCUGCAGGAUCAACAUUUGAAUGUGGCCGUUCAGGGUGUCCAAGGGCCGAGUGAAAUUGAGAACACAGAAACUGUGGAUAGUGGAAUGAGUAAUGGCAUGGUGUGUGCAUCUGGAGACCAAAGUCAUUACAGUGAUUCUCAGCUCUCUUUACAUGAGGAUCUUUCUCCAUGGAAGGAAUGGAAUCAAGUAGAGCAAGGAGCUGACUUAGGUUUAGAUUCAUCCACCCAGGAAGUUUUUGACUAUGACACAAACAGUCUAUCUGAUCAGCAACUAGAUGUUUACAAUAAAGACCUAGAAGACUUAGGAAAGUUCCACAGUGACCUUCAGGAUGACUCUGAGAGCUAUGAUUUCACCCAAGAUGACAACUCAUCUCCAUGCCCUGGGUUGGAUAAUGAACCACAAGGCCAGUGGGUUGGCCAAUAUGAUUCUUAUCAGGAAUCUAAUUCUAAUGAGCUAUACCAAAAUCAAAACCAAUUGCCCAUGAUGUAUCAAAGUCAAAGUGAAUGGCAAAGUGAUGACUCAGAGGAUGCCCCACCCAAAUCUUGGCAUAGUCGAUUAAGCAUUGACCUUUCUGAUAAGGCUUUCAGCUUCCCAAAAUUUGGAUCUACAUUACAGAGGGCUAAAUCAGCCUUGGAAGUGGUAUGGAACAAAAGCACACAGAGUCUCAGUGGGUAUGAAGACAGUGGCUCUUCCUUAAUGGGGAGAUUUCGGACAUUAUCCCAAUCAACUGCAAAUGAAUCAAGUACCACCCUUGACUCUGAUGUCUACACUGAGCCUUUUUACUACAAAGCAGAGGAUGAGGAGGACUAUAGUGAACCAGUGGCUGAUAAUGAAACAGAUUAUGUUGAAGUGAUGGAACAAGUCCUUGCUAAGCUAGAAAACAGGACUAGUAUGACUGAAACAGAUGAACAAAUGCAGGUAUAUGAUCACCCUUCGUAUGAAACACUCUAUGAAACCCCACAAGAUGAGGGUUAUGAUGGGCAGGCAGAUGAUGUUGUUAGUGAAGGGGGAUUGGAACCAUUAAAUGAAACAUCAGCUGAAAUGGAAAUAAAAGAAGAUGAAAACCAAAACAUCUCGGAACAGCCAGUGGAAAUCACAAAGCCAAAGAGAAUCCGUCCCUCUUUCAAAGAAGCAGCUUUAAAAGCCUAUAAGAAGCAAAUGGCAGAAUUGGAAGAGAAGAUCCUGGCUGGAGAUAGCAGUUCUGUGGAUGAAAAGGCUCGAAUAGUAAGUGGCCGUGAUUUGGAUGCUUCCAAAUUCUCUGGACUCCAGGCGAUUGGUGGGGCUGGGCGAGGACUUUAUGGCAUUGACAGUAUGCCAGAUCUCCGCAGGAGAAAAACUUUGCCUAUUGUACGAGAUGUGGCUAUGACUCUGGCUGCCCGGAAAUCUGGACUCUCCCUGGCUAUGGUGAUUAGGACAUCACUAAACAAUGAGGAACUGAAAAUACAUGUCUUCAAGAAGACCUUGCAGGCACUGAUCUACCCCAUGUCCUCCACCACCCCCCACAAUUUCGAAGUCUGGACGGCAACAACACCUACCUACUGUUAUGAGUGUGAAGGGCUCCUGUGGGGCAUUGCUCGGCAAGGCAUGAAGUGUUUGGAGUGCGGAGUGAAGUGCCAUGAAAAGUGUCAGGACCUCCUAAAUGCUGACUGUUUGCAGAGAGCAGCAGAAAAGAGUUCUAAGCAUGGUGCCGAAGACAAGACUCAGACCAUUAUUAUGGCUAUGAAAGAAAGAAUGAAGAUUAGGGAGAAAAAUAGGCCGGAGGUGUUUGAAGUAAUUCAGGAAAUGUUUCAGAUUUCUAAAGAAGAUUUUGUGCAGUACACAAAAGCAGCCAAGCAGAGUGUACUGGAUGGGACAUCUAAGUGGUCAGCAAAAAUAACCAUUACAGUGGUUUCGGCACAAGGCUUACAGGCAAAAGACAAAACAGGGUCGAGUGACCCAUAUGUUACUGUUCAAGUGGGAAAGAACAAAAGAAGAACGAAAACCAUUUUUGGAAACUUGAAUCCAGUAUGGGAUGAGAAGUUUUAUUUUGAAUGCCAUAACUCCACAGAUCGAAUCAAAGUCAGAGUGUGGGAUGAAGAUGAUGACAUUAAAUCCAGAGUCAAGCAACAUUUCAGAAAGGAGUCAGAUGAUUUUUUGGGACAGACAAUUGUAGAAGUGAGGACCCUGAGUGGAGAGAUGGAUGUCUGGUACAACUUAGAGAAACGGACAGAUAAGUCAGCUGUGUCUGGGGCCAUUCGAUUGAAAAUCAAUGUGGAAAUAAAAGGAGAGGAGAAGGUUGCCCCAUACCAUAUACAAUAUACAUGUUUACAUGAGAAUCUCUUCCAUUACUUGACUGAAGUGAAGUCUAAUGGUGGAGUGAAAAUCCCAGAGGUCAAAGGGGAGGAAGCCUGGAAGGUUUUCUUUGAUGAUGCUUCCCAAGAAAUAGUCGAUGAAUUUGCCAUGCGUUAUGGGAUUGAAUCCAUUUAUCAAGCUAUGACGCACUUCUCAUGUUUGUCUUCUAAAUACAUGUGCCCUGGUGUCCCUGCUGUCAUGAGCACCUUGUUGGCGAAUAUAAAUGCUUUCUACGCUCACACAACAAUUUCAACAAAUGUACAGGUUUCUGCCUCAGAUCGAUUUGCCGCUACCAACUUUGGUAGGGAAAAAUUCAUAAAACUACUGGACCAGUUGCAUAACUCUUUAAGGAUUGACCUGUCAAAGUAUAGGGAAAACUUUCCUGCCAGCAACGCUGAACGGUUGCAAGACCUAAAAUCAACUGUUGACCUGCUAACAAGUAUCACCUUUUUUAGGAUGAAGGUUCUGGAGCUGCAAAGCCCCCCAAAGGCCAGCAUGGUGGUGAAGGACUGUGUUAGAGCCUGCCUGGAUUCUACAUACAAGUAUAUUUUUGACAAUUGCCAUGAACUCUAUUCUCAGCUAAUAGACCUGAGUAAGAAACAGGACAUUCCUCGGGAAGAUCAGGGACCGACCACCAAGAAUUUGGAUUUUUGGCCCCAACUUAUUACACUGAUGGUCACUAUUAUUGAUGAGGAUAAAACUGCCUAUACACCUGUCCUGAAUCAGUUUCCUCAAGAACUGAACAUGGGAAAAAUAAGUGCUGAAAUUAUGUGGACCCUUUUUGCUCAAGAUAUGAAAUAUGCACUAGAAGAACAUGAGAAGAAGCAGUUAUGCAAGAGCACCGAUUAUAUGAAUUUGCAUUUCAAAGUGAAAUGGUUUUAUAAUGAAUAUGUGCGAGAACUUCCUGCCUUCAAGGAUGCUGUUCCUGAAUACUCCUUGUGGUUUGAGCCUUUUGUCAUGCAGUGGCUGGAUGAAAAUGAAGAUGUAUCAAUGGAGUUCCUUCAUGGAGCACUAGGAAGAGACAAAAAAGAUGGAUUCCAGCAGACAUCUGAUCAUGCCCUCUUCUCUUGUUCCGUGGUUGAUGUCUUCGCUCAGCUUAAUCAGAGCUUUGAGAUUAUUAAGAAACUGGAAUGCCCUAAUCCUGAAGCAUUAUCUCACUUAAUGAGAAGAUUUGCGAAGACUAUCAAUAAAGUACUGCUUCAGUAUGCUGCAAUUGUAUCAAGUGACUUCAGUUCAUAUUGCGAUAAGGAAAAUGUGCCCUGUAUAUUGAUGAACAAUAUUCAGCAACUGCGGGUCCAGCUGGAAAAAAUGUUUGAAUCCAUGGGAGGGAAAGAGAAAAAGCUUUCGGCAGGCCCAGUCAGGACUGGCAUGGGGACCGAUGAACUAUCAGGAGAAAGCAAGCCCUAA